UGUAAGUUGGAAGUGGAAAUUUACAGUCCCGAAUCAGUAUCUGGAGAGUUGGUUCACGACUGUGCCCAAUCUCCACAUAGGAUUUAAUUGUCUUUAGCUGAGGGCGGCCCUCGCUGUCAGCUCCACUUCUUGUGAGCAGUGUUGGCAUAAAGACAUUCAGUACAGAGGAAUGGUGACAGCUGAGAGAGAAGCACACUACAUAUAGCCACAGCCAUGAAGGAAAUCAUGGCACAGAAAGAGAAACUCCAAUGUCUGAAGGAUUUCCACAAGGACACGCUGAAGCCUUCGCCAGGGAAGAGCCCGGGCACGCGGCCGGAGGACGAGGCAGAGGGCAAGCCCAUCCAGAGGGAGAAGUGGGCCAGCAAGCUAGACUUUAUCUUGUCUGUGGCCGGAGGCUUUGUCGGUUUAGGGAACGUGUGGCGCUUCCCGUACCUCUGCUAUAAGAAUGGUGGAGGUGCAUUUCUCAUCCCAUACACCAUCUUCCUGUUUGGUGGAGGCCUGCCGGUGUUCUUCCUGGAGGUGGCUCUGGGACAGUAUACCUCUGAGGGAGGCAUCACCUGCUGGGAAAAACUCUGCCCCAUCUUCACCGGUAUUGGCUAUGCCUCUAUUGUGAUCGUCUCUCUCCUGAACAUCUACUACAUAGUGAUUCUAGCCUGGGGACUCUACUACCUAUUCCAGUGCUUUCAGCCGGAGCUGCCCUGGGCCAAAUGCAAUCAGCCGUGGAACACAGACCGGUGUGUGGAGGACACAGUCCGCAAGAACAAGACCCUGAUGCUGGCUGCCAACAUCACCAACUUCACCUCGCCCGUCACUGAGUUCUGGGAACGCAACGUGCUGAGCAUCUCCUCUGGAAUUGAUGACAUCGGGCCACUGAAGUGGGACUUAGCCCUGUGUCUCCUGGCAGUAUGGAUCGUCUGCUUCUUCUGCAUCUGGAAGGGAGUCAAGUCCACUGGGAAGGUGGUGUAUAUCACAGCAACUUUCCCUUUCGUCAUGCUUAUUGUGCUGCUGGUGCGUGGAGUGACUCUGCCAGGGGCGUCCGAAGGAAUCAAAUUCUAUCUCUACCCCAACCUGACCCGCCUACAGGAUCCAGAGGUAUGGAUCGACGCAGGAACCCAGAUAUUCUUCUCCUACGCCAUCUGUCUGGGGGCUAUGACGUCACUGGGGAGCUACAACAAGUACAAAUACAACUGCUACAGGGACUGUUUGCUGCUGGGAGGCCUGAACAGCGGUACCAGUUUUGUGUCUGGCUUCGCAAUAUUUUCCGUCCUGGGCUUCAUGGCACAAGAGCAAGGGGUGGACAUUGCCGAUGUGGCAGAGUCAGGUCCUGGCCUGGCCUUCAUUGCCUACCCUAAGGCUGUGUCCAUGAUGCCCUAUCCCACGUUCUGGGCCAUCCUAUUCUUUAUCAUGCUUCUGCUACUGGGCCUCGACAGUCAGUUUGUGGAGGUGGAAGGACAGAUCACCUCCCUGGUCGAUCUGUAUCCAGCCGUCCUAAGGACGGGUUACCGCCGUGAGAUCUUUAUAGCUGUGAUGUGCUGCAUAAGCUAUCUUUUGGGACUUACCAUGGUAACGAAAGGUGGCAUGUAUGUGUUUCAACUCUUUGACUACUAUGCAGCCAGUGGUGUGUGCCUUUUGUGGGUUGCAUUCUUUGAAUGUAUUGCUGUAGCCUGGGUUUAUGGCGCUGAUAAUUUCUAUGAUGCAAUUGAAGACAUGAUUGGCUACCGACCAAACCCAUGGAUGAAAUGGAGCUGGACCUUUAUCACUCCCGUCCUCUGUGCGGGUUGUUUUAUCUUCUCGUUGGUGAAGUACAAGCCCCUGACCUAUAACAAGGUGUAUGAGUACCCAGACUGGUCCAUCGGCCUGGGCUGGUCUCUGGCCCUGGCCUCUAUGAUCUGCAUCCCCAUGGUAAUGGUCAUCAAGAUCUUCCAGUCCGACGGACCGCUCAUCGAGAGGAUUAAGGCGGUGGCGGCCCCAGUAAAGGGAGGUGCGAGUUCUCGCCCCAAAGAGUACAGCGUGAAGGGCAGCGAGCUGACCCAGCCUCUGGACCCCAAUGGGAACAACGGCCUGAUCAAGCCCACCCACACCAUUGUAGAAACGAUGAUGUGAGCACUCUCUGUGAGAGGACAUGCUGAUUGACGUGCUUUCUAUGUUGUUAUCAUAUAUUUGCUAACUUUGAUAGUGGUAGAACCAGGUUUACAUUGUUCUAUGUAUCCACACUAGGAAUAUUCUGGUUUGGUUUCUAUGAUAAUGAUGAAGAUGAGAGCUACAGUAUAUAUAUUGUCAUUGGGUUGUUGUAGUUUUUUCUCUCUGUAUUUUUUAUUUUUAUUUUUAUCAUGUUGUUGUUACCGUUGUUGUCGUGGCUGUAGUGGGUGGUGAUCUCAGUUCAGGUAAUAUUUUGAGAUAGAACAUGUUGUUCUAUGUUAAUUACCUUUCUGUUGAUUGUGGAGAAUCGAGAAGGUGUUUGCUGUUCGGAAAUACUAGGGGAAAAAAGGUAAUUUUCACUCAUCACAAAUACAGUAAACUAAACGUGUAACAUGUUAGGUAGCAAACUAUUAAGAUAAUUUUCUCACAUUAUUGUGGCAGUAUCCUUGUCUGAGGUCAUUUUUUAUCUGUUGUCGUUGUUGUUGUUUGUUUUGAGAUGCAACUGAAUAAAUCGUAGCUUCGGUAGAGGCGGACGCCAGCCAGUCACACCUGCUAGUAGAGUAGACAUCCACACCACCUGAAUGUAUAGUGACAACAUGCAGUGUAAAUAUAGAAGUUCAUAACUAUGGCCAUGCCCAAAUACUGUACAAAAUGUUCCUGGAAGGAUCACGUGUCCUUAGGAGGGAGGCAGGAAAGGAGGUGGGGAAAACAAGGAGGAAGUAAAGGACAAAAGGAAUAAGCAUUUUAAGAGUAUUUGUAUAUUGCCUACAGUGCGUCCCAGUGCAUUUAUUGAAACCUCCCUUUGCACUUUAUACGUUGAGUUUCACUUUUAUUGUAGUGAUCUCUUAUGAUAAUGGUCCACAGGAGGCAGCUGAGGGGAGGACGGCUCAUAAUAAUGGUUGGAAUGGAGUGAAUGGAAUGGUAUCAACCAAAUAGAAACCAUGGUGUUAGUGUAUUUGAUACCAUUCCAUCGAUUCCGUUCCAGCCAUUACUAUGAGCCCGUCAUCCCCAAUUAAGGUGCCGCCAACCUCUGUAAUGGUCGCAAGAACCUGCAGUUACAUUUGCACCAUGCAUUUAAAGAGGAAAGUAUAUAGAUUCAAACCUUUUUGAUGUUGUUCACUUUGAUAUCUAUCGGUUCAAACAGGAGCAUUACACUCUCACUCACGCGCUAUAAAUAUAUAAAAUAAAAAUAAAAGUGGAACAUUGCCAUCAAACAUUCUGUUUCUUUAGGACUAAACCUGUGAGAGUUGUGAGAACCAUAACUUGAUUGAGGUAAAAAAUGUAACCUUAACAAAAUGCUUUUUCUAAAAAUGUGAAAUAAUAGUUUUUUUCUCCAGUGCACUCAUUUUAAUAGCAGUGAUGGUCACUAAAUAUCUGUAUCAUAUGAAACUACCACCAGACUCUGGGUUUUAUCAUGUUCAUUUAGUAUUUUACUUGUUUGUGAAUCACAUAUGCCUUUUUGUAUUAACCAUUUUAUACUGUACAUCAUAUGAACACUGUCACUGAUGAUGACCUAUUUUUUCUGAAUACAGUCAGCAAUUUGUAUUUUAACGUUAAAUGUUAUGAGCCUGAAUGAAUAUUUGCAGUGUGCAAUAUUCGUCAAAGAAAUGGCCUUUACCACUCAAAUUAUUUGAUUUCAAUUUGAAAACAGAUGUAAAAAUACUAAAAUUGAUAUGUCCAACAUAAAAAAUAUGAAUGUUUAAAGUUCAAGUGAGAUUAUUUUACCCAAUGCAUGUACAUGAACAUCCACAGUACAGUGCUUGGUCAACAAAAUUACUAGUCCAGAGGGUGAUAAAUAAACCCUGUUGGAAAAUCAAGUGUACCAAAGUAUUUUUGUCUAACGUCCGUCCCCCUUUAAGAUGCUCAUUGCAUCAUCACUUCCUAGAUUGAAAAUAAACGUCUUUUUCUUUA